GCAGCAUCUUUUGGGAAAUGCUUUCUAGACUCCUAUUCACCUUCAGAUUUUGUGACCAUGUGCCGUGAUCUUCGUGUUCUCAAUGCUAUCAAUGAUUACCAGAUUGGAAUCCCUCUGAGUAUCACACAAUACAAGCAACUCACAAUCCCAGUACUGCUUGAUAGGUUAGUUUUAAGAAGACUCUAUCCUCUUGCUGUAAAAAUUUGUGAAUACUUAAAACAGCCUGACUCUCAAGGAGUGAGUCGAAUUCUGGCACACUGGGCAUGUUACAAGGUUCAGCAGAAAGAGAAAACAGAUGAAGAAGUAGCUCAGGCCAUAAAUCAAAAGCUUGGCGACGCUGCAGGCAUUUCAUAUUCGGAGAUUGCUUCAAAGGCAUGUGACUGUGGCAGAACAGAAUUGGCUAUUAAACUGUUAGAAUAUGAACCAAAGUCGGAGGAUCAGGUGCCAUUACUUCUAAAAAUGAAAAGAAGCAAUCUUGCACUUGGCAAAGCUAUUGAAAGUGGAGACACUGAUCUUGUAUACACUGUGGUGUCCUACAUGAAACAUGAAUUCAACCGUGGAGAUUUCUUCAUGACAUUGCAGAACCACCCAGUCGCUCUCAGUUUAUAUCAACAGUUCUGCAAACAUCAAGAACCAGAGACAUUAAAAGAUCUCUACAAUCAAGAUGAUAAUCAUCAGGAGCUUGGAAACUUUCAUGUUCGAGCUAGCUACUGCAUGGAACAGAGUGUGGAGGGUCGUGUUGCCGAGCUGCAGAAUGCCGUUGAUGAGUACAACAGAGCAAAAAAUGAUUGGGCUGCCAAGGUAACAGAGGAUCAAAUUAAAUUGCUAAGGAUCCAGCGUGCACUACAGGAGAAGCUUGAUAAGCCUUAUCUUGAUUACUCCUUACAUCAGACAGUCUACAAUCUGAUACUUGAUAACAUGCAGAAAAAAGCUGAACAGCUUUAUAAAGAAUUUAGAAUUCCUGAAAAAAGGUACUGGUGGCUGAAAUUAACUGCACUGGCAGAGAAGGAAGACUGGGUAGAGUUGGAGAACUUUUCAAAAAGUAAAAAAUCUCCCGUAGGAUAUUUGCCAUUUGUUGAAAUAUGUAUGAAGCAAAAUAACAAGUCAGAAGCAAGGAAGUAUACUGCUCGUGUAAACCCUGAACAGAGAGUGAAGGCUCUUCUUUUAACUAGAGAUUUGGAACAAGCUGCCGAAGCUGCCAUUGAACAUAAAAAUGAAAAUGAAAUGAACAUGGUCCUGGCAAAAUGCAAUCCAACUACUGAUUCUUCUGCAUUAGAGAAGAUCGAACGCGCUAAAGCCCUGCUACUUAAAAAAUAAUAUACGCUUAAAGUCGGUCACUGGUUUUAUAUUCUACAGUACUUGGGAGCCUAUUCAUAGCAGAGUGUGGAUACCACUGUACAUUGGACAGAACAGUC